AUGUCAAAUAGUCUUCGUCAUUUAGCACCAGAAUUUUCAACUGAUGAAGCAAAAGAAAUAGCUAUGAAAUUUUAUAAUUUAAAUGAAUUUGUUUGCCAAUUACCAAGUGAACGUGAUCAAAAUUUUCUUUUUCAAAAUAAUCAAUCAAAAUUUAUAUUAAAAAUUUCGAAUAUUAGUGAAAUCUAUUCAAUAAUUGAUAUGCAAAAUUGUGUUAUGGAACAUAUUAAUACAUCUAGUCGAUGUUUACCUUCAUUAGAUGGACAAAUGAUUAUUACAUAUAAAAAUCAUUUUAUACGACUUAUUAAUUAUCUUCCAGGAGUUCCUUUAGGUAAUUAUCAACCUCAUAGUGCAAAAUUAUUAAUUAAUUUAGGAAAAGUUCUUGGUGAAAUAGAUAAAUCUCUAUAUGAAUUUAAACAUGAAAGUAUGAAACGUGAUCUUUAUUGGAAUAUGAUGAAUGCAGAAAAAAUAAUAAAUACAUAUAAACAUUUAAUUAUUAAUAAAAAUCAUUAUGAAAUUAUUGAAAAUAUUUUAAAAGAUUGGAUUGAAUUUGUUAUUCCACAAGUUUCAUUAUUGAGAUGUUCUGUUAUUCAUAAUGAUGCAAAUGAUUAUAAUAUUAUUGUUACUGAUGAAGAAAAUGUUGGUUUAAUUGAUUUUGGAGAUUUAUGUGAAACAUUUACUGUUUGUGAAGCUGCAAUUGCAUGUGCUUAUAUUAUGUUAGAUAAAGAUGAUCCAAUUGAUGCAGCAACAAAUCUUAUUUAUGGUUAUAAUCAAAUAUUUCCAUUUGAAAAAAUUGAAAUUGAUUUAAUAUAUUAUUUUAUACGUAUGAGACUUGCAAUGAGUGUAACAAUAUCUGCUCAUCAAAAACAAAUUCAACCUGAUAAUCAUUAUCUUGUUAUUAGUGAAAAACCAGCUUGGAAUUUACUUGAAAAAUUAACCAAUAUUGAUUCAAACAUUGUUCAUCAAACUUUUCGUUCUAUAUGCCAUUUUUCGAACUAG